CACAUUUCUCCUAGAAACUUGUUGCAGUACGGCACUGGGCAAAACAGCUAGCAGUUAGCUAGCUAACGUUAGCCGCUCAAUAUCCAGUAGCAGUCGUAGCGCAGAGAAACUCGUGCUCCGUCCACAUACCAAUGACAGGGACACUAAACUUACAGAUAUGCGCCUGGAUAUUGACUAAUAUUUGGCUGGCUUGUUUUUCCUAUCUGUAUCGCCAACGCCUUUUGAAGCUAGCUCUGACCUGGAAAGCGCUGUAACUUAACUCUCGGAUAUGGAUCCUGAACGACUGAAACGAAGAGAGGAGAUUCAGAAAGCAAUGAGCUUUAUCCAGUCAUCAUUGCCUUUUCCAGAGCCAGAGAAUUAUGAGCCGUUUUUGACCCAGUUGGUGUGUAACUUGCUGGACGAGGGCAAUGCUUGCUUUCGAGAUGGAGACUGGCGCCAGGCGACCCAGCAGUACGGGGAGGGGAUAAGUGUCGCCCGAUACGCCCAGGCCGAGGCCCUUGUCAUCCCUCAUGAGCUGCUGGAGAGCCUCUACGUCAACAGGGCUGCUGCCUACUACCAGAUGAGGGACUAUGAGCGAGGUGUUCAGGACUGUGACAGUGCACUGUAUGUGUCAGAGGGCAGUCGCAGGGCUUUGUACCGCAAGGCGCUUUGUCUGAGGGAGUUGGGACGACUCAGAGAAGCCUACGAGUGUGGAACCAAAUGCCUCCUCACAGCACCACAUGACCGACAGGUGAGUGAGCUGGCCCAGGAUCUGGCCAAUAAACUGGGCCUGAAGGGCCGUAAAGCUUACGUCAGCCCUCAGACAGAGUCCACGGCCAGCGAUGGGGAGAGUCAUGGGGAGACUUCUCCACCCACAGGAGAGAUGUCCUCCAAUGGACUGGAAUCUCUGGGUGAUAUUGGACCAGCUGACAUGUCCAGCGCACAGUGCAUCCCAGCUCCUUUGGCCACGCCCAUCCCAGUCAGCGAUGAGCCGGCGACGCCUGUGGUGACGCCGUGCACCGACUUAUCAGAGAGUCCCAGCAGCCAGGCCCUGCCUCCCAUGCCGUACUCUGUCCCGGUGUCCGAGCACAUGGACGAAUGCAGCAGCGUCAUCAAGGACGAGCUAGAAAGUCUUCUGGACUGCAUCCCCAAGAAAGUCAGUGAGAGUCCAGUCCAGGGUGCUAUCCCCACCAACCUUCCCAACACGGCGGUUGCUCUCCGGCCUCCGUACUCCCCAAACCUUCCGGCUCCGUCGCCCCAGCUUCCCCCAGCCUUCUUCAGCUCCCCCAUCAGUGACAUGCCCCCCCUGGAGCCGUACUCUCCCCUGGCCCAGCGGGACCAGGGCUCCACCCAGGCGCAGGACGCACUGGGAAGCUUCUCCACAGGGGCUGCGGAUGGAGAAGGGAAGGCAGGAGUCGCUGCUGGCGGGCUGGACUCGUUGUCUGAGUACACUCUCCCUGGGGGACGAGUGUGUCACAGCUUCAUCCCUGGAAUGCGCAACAACAGUGCAGCACAUGCAAACGGUCCAGCAGGAACAAACCUGUCUCUGCUCUCCAGGAAUCCUCUAGCAGCAACGCAUGAGUUUCGGCAGGCCUGUCACGCUUGUUACAGCCGCAUAGGUCCACGGGUGAUGGACUACAAGUAUCAGCCAGAGGCAGCGCACCGCUGCAAGAGAGAUGUGCUGCUGUGUCGCCUCAAAAACACAGAUGACCCCACCUGGAAGAGGAUCCGACCCCGGCCUGCGCGGAACAACUUCCUAGGGGCGUUUGUGCUCUGUAAAGAGGUGCAGGAGCGUCAGGAGUGUCAGUACGGGGAGAACUGUACGUUCGCUUACUGCCAGGAGGAGAUCGACGUGUGGACGCAAGAGAGGAAGGGUGCACUGAGCAGAGAGCUGCUGUUUGAUCCGCUGGGCAGUACGGAGCGACGGGCGCUCAGCGUCACCAGACUUCUGCAGCUCCACAUGGGCAUGUUCAUGUUCCUCUGUGAGGAAUGUUUUGACAGUAAGCCUCGCAUCAUCAGCAAACGCAGCAAAGAAAACUUAGCAGUCUGCUCAAACCUCACAGCUCGACACCCGUUCGAUGAUAACAAGUGCCUGGUGCAUGUGGUGAGGUCAGCCAAUGUACGCUACAGUAAGGUGCGUCCCCUGCAUCCGCUCUGCCAGUUCGAUGUUUGUCGCCAUGAGGUUCGCUACGGCUGCCAGCGAGAGGACAGCUGCUCCUUUGCACACUCGGUCAUAGAGCUCAAAUGCUGGGUCCUCCAGCAGGACACUGGUAUCACCCAUGAAGAGAUGGUGCAGGAGUCAAAGAGACAUUGGCAAAGGCUGGAGCAGAACGCACAGAAGCAGCAGAAGCCUAUCCACAUCCCUCACCCGAGCAGCAGCGUUCCCCCAGGAGGAGUAGGGGGAAUGGGGGUUGGGGGCGGAGGAAUAGGGGGAGAUGGCCUAGGUGGUGGUGUUGGUGGUGGCGGCGGCGUGAGCCCAGUAGGAGGGGUCGGGGUGGGGGGUUUGGGAGCGGUAGCAGGACGGGGACGACCCCUGAACCUGAAAAUGAAAUUUGUGUGCGGGCAGUGCUGGAGAGAAGGACAGGUCAACGAGCCCGACAAGAACCUCAAGUACUGUACUGCCAAAGCUCGGCACAGCUGGACGAAGGAGCGCCGGGUUCUGCUGGUGAAAUCAUUUGAGAAGAAGAAGUGGGUUGUCGUUCGGCCUCUGCCUUUCUCCCGCACCUAUCCACAGCAAUAUGACAUGUGCGUGCAUGUGAUGAAGCAGAAGAAGUGCCACUAUAUUGGGAACUGCUCUUUUGCCCACAGUCUGGAAGAGAGGGACGUCUGGACGUACAUGAAGAACAACAGCUUGAGAGACAUGCAACAGAUGUACGAACUGUGGCUGCAGCUCACCAAUCAGAGCAGACGUGCAGAUAGCUCGGCUGUGACCCCGCCUCCAGAGGACAAGCAGGUCACCAUAUCAGCCGACUACACAGAAAGCAUGGGGGGGCGGCGGAUGUCAGAUGGGGACGACCUCUGAGCGUUGCCGUGCCGACCAGAGGCAGCCGAUCGCCGCUGAGCAGCAGCCGGAGACGGGAGACAGGCCUGCAACACCAGCUACAACUGAACAGCCUGUCACCUUACCAGUCCGACCUCCUCUAGCAUCUAGCCAGCAGAGCGAAAGCAGAUGGAAACGCAACCGAAUAGUUGACCCCCGCACACACACACACACACACACACACACACACACACACACACAGAUUCACUCAGCACAAUACACACAUUACAGGCACCGAUUAAUACAAAGAGAAAGCUUUGUUAGUGAAAAUACAGGACUUGGCUUUAGCGUUUUUGUUUUUUUUUUUUUUCAUGCUGCAGUUACACACAGCACCUUUAGGUUCCCCUCCAGUACGUCACACCACAGAAAUACCACAGACAACUUGUUCUACUCUGACUAAAAUAAUCCGCUAGUGUUCCCUAGUGCUCUUUGGACUGAGCAGUCCAGUGUCCACCAGGAACCUCUUUUAUUUUUGUUUGUUUUGUUAGUUUUGUUUUUUUUUUUUUUAAAUCCUCAUAGCACUGAAACACUUCCUGGUUUGGGCGCGCUGGUCGCAGCUCUUAACUAUAGCUUGGCGAUAACUCAAAACUCAAUUGAAGCUCAGCGCUCUUUCGCAAAAGUGGAGUGCCAAAAAAACGCCAGGCGCUCAGUGCUGUGGAUGGUACCCAAGACUGAAAUAGAAACUGAAGCAUAAUCGAAAGAGGUUCUCGGUGGACACCUUCCUCGUUAAGCUGCGUAACAACCAAAUCCUACUCUCCUUCCUUUGUGGGAAUAUAGCAAGAGAGUCAAAAUAACUUUUUGGAGAUUUUAAGCGUCAUUAUUGUUUUGUUUUGUUUUUUUUUCCAAGGGGAGUUGUACUUCCUUGUUAUAUUGUCUGCCAUAUUGGUAGAACGCUAUGAAUGUAACGCCUGCAUGGGCCUUUAAAAAAACGAGGAAAUUAGUCACUUAAAACGUUGCUGUGGUUGUGGAAUGUAUGCAAGAACACUUGCAUGCAAAACAAACUUCGUGUAACAUUACAGUUUCUCCCUUUGCCCCCUCUUUAUUGAUAGAAAAAAGGUCCUUUGAUAGCUGUUUAUGCAAGCAUACCAACCGUUCCCGCGUGGGACAAGCACAGACACGCACACGCCCUCGUACAUUUAACCUCGUAGUUGCUGUCAGCCAACGUCCUCCUCUCUGGCUGACAAAAAACAGGGAUAAAAUGACGAUUUGGCAACAAGAAAAUGUCAAAUAAACAUUUAUGGCUAAAGUACGCAUGGCUACUGACUGGAAGUAAUCGUUGCCAAAGCGACAAAGCGGCUAUGCAGUGAGACAUGCUUUAAACGGUGCUGGUAAACAGCUGACAGAUGUGAAGCUGGUGUAGGAGGGCUACAGCAGAGUGAAUGCAGCACACACGCAAAACUCCUGCCUAGAGCUGCUGUCAGCUACAGAUCAGCUCAGACCGCAGAUGCCCAUUAAGAAGAAAUGACGACCUCACUUGGACUGAAGCACAGUGACGCUAUUAACCAUACAGAAGACUUAAGUUGUGGCGGGAAAAAAAGAUAACAGCUUUGUAGUGAUUCAGGAAAAGAUGAAUGAUGAUUUAAACACUGAAAAGCUGACUGAAGAAAAGACGAUUAAGAAUAUAUUUUUCUAUAGUUGAUUGUUAGAUUAUUUAAGAUAAUUUGAAUGUAAGGGCGAGUCGCCACGUCUUCAGUCGAACUGGGGUCAUUGUUUCUCCUGACAAACCCACCAUGCUCCCACAGCCUUCAAAUGGAAACCUGUGUUCCUCAUAUGCACCCAGAUGUUUUUUUCUUACUUUGCUCCUGUUAGCUAACGGUAGCCCCGAGAUAAACCUUUUCAUUACGGGAAACCUGCUAGCUUGAGACAGGGAAAACGAUUCGCACCACAUAUUGUGCCUCUAAACAACACAUCCACGUGGGACACACACACACACACACACACACACACACACACACACACACACACACACACACACACACACACAGGCAGGAUAUCUGUCAUCAUAUUCUAGCCUUUAAUGUGGACGGAGACACGAUGGAGGUAUGUCUAUAUUCAGAUACAUAUACACACAUAUUAUACAGAUUUACAAAUAAUGGUAUAUUACUAAUAAUAAUUGAUAACUUAGCGGUUAAGCUUAAUAAAUAUAUAACCUGAAAAUCUGUAUUGAUUACAUAGAAGAACUUCUUGUUAUUGAGGUAUUGCUAUAUGACAUGUAUCGCUGAACUAGAUGACUAUAGUGAUUUUUUUUUUUUUAAUGAUUCUUUUAUUUUGUAAUUUUUCCUUCUGUGUGGGCUGUUCCAGACGGGCUUUGUUUGAAGGGACUGCAGCAGAGAUUGAUUUGAGUUUCAGGAUGAAUGUGUAGAAAUUGAUUACUGAGGGUUAAAUCUUUACAUCAUGGAGUGAGUCACCCAUCUGAGAGGUGGUGCUUUUUUUUGGUCUUAUUUACACAAAUGCAGCAGCUAUACAGGGUGUACAGAUUAUGCAAAAUUUCCCUGAGGCUGAACUUUAUAUUUUAAGUAUUUAUCUAAUUUUCUAUCCUGAGUGGCGUCAGCUCAGUGCAUUAAUUCCAAAAAUACUCAUAUCACACUCAAGCAGCACCGAGAACAUUGUGGUUAACUGGUGCAAAAACGUUAAAAGAAUAAGUUGAAAGAAGAGAGAUUAUCGUUAUAGAUGAUGUUCCAGCUCUGUCUGCAGUCCCUUCAUAGGCUGCAGUGUCUUAAUUAUCCAGCUCCUGAAAACUGACUUUAAUGAGAAUUUAGCUGCAGAUCUCAGAUCAGUUUUGCUGGUCCUUCAGCAGCAGUGUUUUUGGGGGAUUGUUGAUAAUGAGCCCUUGUCUGGAACAGCCCAGGUAUUAGCUUCUUUGAGGGAUCGUAUUACUACUACUACUCCUAGUAUUAUGAUGAAUAUGAUGACGAUAAUGAUUGCUAUCUAUUGACUAUUUCUAUUUCUCUUCUAUAUGCUAUUGAUAUAUGUAUGUUAAUUGCAAUGUAUAACUCUCUCUUUAUAUAUGUAUCCAUGUAUGAAUAUAAUAAUUUACAGUAAAUAUGUGUCUGUGUAUGCAGCAGUGCACAGCUCUGUCUGCAGAGGCAGUGAGCAGAAAACAUCCAGCUGUUGUUGAGUUUUAGUUCAGGUGGUGGCGUCGGUUAUCGGCCACAAACAGCUGGAGGUUGUCAGUGAUACCAGAUGUUUUUACAGUGUGGUAGACCUGCUAUAUAUUAAUGUCUCAGCUCUGUUAGUAGCUGUUAGGAUAGUUUAGGCACUGGCCAGAGGGGAAAAAAGAGGAUAGUUGAUGAUUAAAUUAUAUAUACUGCCAACUGUUUCCCUUCCAGUGUCUCAGCUCUCUGCUCACUGCCUGUGCUCUGCGGACAGAUCUGGAAUCAGAAGCAUACACAGAGGCCUAUAUACUCCCGUAUAGCGCCUUAUUCGAUAUACUACACCUAUAAGAUGAUACAUACCCCUAUUGUAUAAUCCUGCUUACUAUAUACAGUAUAUGAUACCUGAUACCUAUUAUAAUACUUAGACACCCUUAUAAGGUAAUUUAGAUAAGAGAUGGUGGAGCUGUUUUUUUCUGUGGCUGUGGAAGAGUAACGUGUUCCCAUCUUGUUUUUCAGGCAGUUUAAAAAAGGACAAGUUGUUAGGAUAAGUGCCACAUACUCAAAUGCUCUUUGUCACUCAAGUAGACAACAAGAAAAAAAAAAGGUCCUUGUUUGAAGUCCUUCCUUCCUGGAAAAACAGCAGAGCAUUUGAGUCAAGGCUCCUCUUCCAUUGUUGGAGAAAGACCAGCACUGAUGAUGUAACUGACGCGCACAGGAAAAAAAAAAAAGAAAACUGUGGAUGUCUGUGCUGCAUGUUUUGUGUUUGUGUUGUUAAAGGCAAAUCGUGACACAAAUUUAAAAGGGGAGGCAGGUUGCUGCUACUACAUCUGCAUUUUAUAACAUCAGCUCAGAUUUUCCAUCUCACACAGACUUAUUGUGCAACUUCGAAGAGUAAACUUUAAGAUACUCUUGCCAGGCAGCGGACAGUAACCCUUGAACAGUGGCAAAAUCACUGUUUCAUUGUCCUAAAUCAUUCAGGGUUUAUUUAUCUUUACAGCCUGACUGGUGCCAUGCACCAAUCACAGCCGGGAAAACAAGAUCAUGUGACUUUAAAAGGCUCGUAACAUUACAAGCAUAUAUAUAUAAUGUUUUUACAUCCUUCUCGCGGUGCUUAACAAGUUCGGAUACACUCAACUGAAACACAGUCGAGGACAAUCUCAGUUAACAGUGAAGUCCUAAUUACAUUAUUAAUGUCCUUUGAAGGUUACUGUUCCAUACUUCAAGCCUUGACCUUUGACCUCAGGCUGGCUUUAAGCGUAAGAAACCCCCAACAUGUGCUGACUCUCACAGUCUUUCAUGCCAUCAUUUCAAUAUAGUAAUAAUUCCCUCAGUGUGUCAGUACACAGACAUGAUGGCAUUUCAUUAAUCAGCAACAUGAGUAACUUUUUAUUUGUUUAUAAAAGACAGAAAGUCCACACUGAGUCUUAUAGUUUAUUUCUGGAUAAAGCAGGCAGAAAGGAAUAUAAUUAGUUGCAUUAAUUAAAUCAAUGAUUAUUACUUGACUUAAAGGUUAUUUUUUGUCUGUCCUGACUAUAGUGGCUUAUAUCUUGCUCAUCAGUUCUGGUUAUUACAUCCUGCUGCUGCUCAACAAAUAUUCACAUGACUGUACCUUCCCCCUCUCCUGGCCCCUUAAAGAGUUUGUGUCAUUUGAUUUGUGGCGCCAACACACACCUGCACAGCCACAUAAAAACCUUAAUUAUAAAUCGGUUUUCAAUCCGUUAGGAAAUUAUUGGGUUAAUUGAAUUGUUUUCAGCACCUCGGCUUAAAGAAACCAGGGUUGUAAGAAGUGGAAAAAACAAGGCCUCUUUUUGUACUGUAUUUUUACAUUUGGUUGUUUUCAUGUUUUGUUUUAUCUUCCUGACUUUGUUUUCUCUUUUCUCCUCCCUGGUUGGAAUUUCAUGAUCACACAAGUGGACCAAAUCUCUUGAAAGCAUUUAAUAAACAGACUGUUUUAGAAAAACAAAA